AUGUUUCAGGGCGUGACGGCCUUCCUGGAGGCCAUUGACGAGCGGGCGGAGCAGCACGCAUGGCGGCAGCAGGCGGCGGAGGAGGCGUCAGCAGCGGAGGCUCUCCAUGAUGAUGAAACGGUAGCGUUUGGGGGCAGGCGCGAACUCGAUGCGGAAGAAGUUCACUCGCCACUUGCUGCUGCAGCUGCAGCAAAAAGGGCGGAGGGGAGGAAUGUGCCGCUGCCGGAGUUCCCGGCGCAGCCCGCCGCGUUCCGCAACCGUCGCGCAAGCUCGCAUCUUAAGAGUGGAGCAAUGGUUGAUGGCGUUGGCCCAUCACAAACGCUCAGCCACUACACUCUGGAGGGUGAGGAAGCAACAACAGCAGCAGCAUCAAUGGGAGGAGGAGGAUCAGCUUUGGUGGUCGAGCAUGACGCGGAGUCAGCGCAGCUAAAGCGUAGAGACGAGGAGAUCGAUACGCUCACGCGUGACGUUCGGCGUCACCAGGCGGCAUCGGAGGCAGCGAGGCAGGACCUGUUGCAGCGCUCCCUGCAGGUUCACCAGCUGGAGGAGGCGCUGCGCGAAGUCAACGAACGGUUCAACGAGCACAAGGCCAAGUCGCGCUGCCUAUUGGAAGAAAAGCAGCGUGAGUACGAGGCCCUCCGCCACCGGUUGGAACGGGUGCAGGCUGACGGCGAUCCCGGGGCCGAGGAUGUGGUAAAGGGCACGGACAAGGACGACGUGGCAGCAGCGCGGCAGCGCGUGGAGGAGUUGGAGGCCGCCAUCGCCUCUAUGGGGGCAGAGCGAGAGCGGCUGCAGGCACAAGUUGCGGCAUCCCGCCGUGAGGUGGCAGGCGCACACGAGCAACGCCUCGCCCUCGUGCAGCAGAUGGACUUCCUGCGCCUCGACCUGCGUGGCGCGCAGGAGGCUCUCGAUAGUGAGGUGGUCGCGCACCAACGCAGCAAGGCACAGCUGCAGGCGCGGCAGCGGGAACUCAAUGAGUUGCGUGCGGCGGUAGAGAAGUGCGGCGGAACUUUCACCGUCGCUGGUGCUCUCGUCACGCUGCGCAGCGAUGACGGGGACUCGCGCGACCAGCUACUCAUGUCCCGCCAGUUGCUGGAGAAGCAGAACAUGCUGGAGGCGGCGCUGCGCGAUGCUGCUGAGUGGCGACGGCGCUGCGAGCGGGCGACGUACCGCCUAGAGGAGGAACGCACUACACGCGUGGCCGUGUCAUCAUCAUCGGCAUCGCAGAUAACGCGAGACUCGGCAGAGUUCCGCCCAGCGCUCCUACUGCGGCGUGGGGUUUCAGCCAAUAAGGCUGCGUUGUGUGUGCUCGAGUUGGUUGCCGCAGUGGACGCGACAACCCUUCGCAUCGGCCGACUGCUGCGUCGGAAGCCCGUCCUGCGCGUCGCUGUGGCCUUCUACAUCGUAUGCCUGCAUGGGUGGAUUGGGAUGAUGAUGAUGAUGGUGCCAAGGGCGGUGGAACAUGCUCAUGCUGCUGCAGAGAGUCCAUGA